AUGUGGAGAAUGAAUAUGCAGGCAGCUACAAAGGCAGAACUGAACAGGUUUGAUUCUUCCCUAAUUCUUCCACAGCCUUCCCAUACAGCCAUCAGCAAAUCACAAUAAAAGCUCGUUUCCUCAUUCACAAAACAGCAGUUUGUCUUACAGAGGUGUAGGGCUAGCUGAGUCAAAGCUGGUAAAAGUCAGUGGGAAGGUGCUGUAGGAAGCUUCACCCCCACUGCAUUGCCCAGCCUCCCCAAGUCACAGCAGUACAUUCAGUGUGCAAUUCUGUGAGGCCCCUUUAGGCAGAGCUGCAAAAGAGGGGCAGUGGGACAUUAAAGUCACUCUAAUUGGGUCCUAAGCAAUUAGUGGGGCAGGAAGGAGUACCUUGACAUGGCUUUCCUCUUGCAGUGUGCUCUGUCUUCCACAAACUGCUACAGCUAAUGCUCGUUUCCAAGAAGCACACGCAGCAGAAGCUCUGCCCACUGUUCUGUGUGCCAUUCACUGCAGGGCUGGUGCUGCCAGGUGCUGGUGGUACGUGUGAUCUGUGCUGGCUUUGUGCUCUGAAGUAAGCUGGAUGGAUCUGUACCUGUUUUUAUUUUUCACUCUCGGUCUACACAAAGAAGCUUUCCUGAUUGUAGCUUGUACUUCAGUGGUAAAGAUUGGGCAUCCAAGGCACAGUAAGUGUAAGAGAAGCAAUGCUGGUGAUUUGCAGCGUCAUCAGCUUUCAUCCUCCUCCCCCAUCAUCCCUUCUGACUUCCUUUUUUCUUCUUUCUCUUAUUUCAGAGGGUAGCUAAGUAGUUUCCUCUUUUUUCACAGAUUGGUUCCUGGAAUGACCUGUAUAAAGGAAAGCUGCAGCCCAGGCAGGUUUCUGCAGAGACAGAGCAGACAGACCAGGAGAAGAGGUUGAAGAAAGCUGUUGUCUGCACAGGCCCAGGAAGGGCGAAGCAGCUCACUGACACUUGUCGCUCACCGCCAUGCUGGAUGAAGAUAACGACGAGACAUGUUGGAAUAGCCUGGAAAACUUUCGGGUGAAGCUGAUCUCUGUGAUAGAUCCUUCCCGUAUAACACCUUAUCUUCGCCAGUGCCAGGUGAUAAACCAUGAUGAUGAGGAACAGGUUCUCAAUGACCCCAGCCUGGUCAUGCGCAAACGCAAAGCAGGUGUUCUUUUGGACAUUCUUCAGCGAACGGGGCGCAAGGGCUUUGAGGCUUUCAUGGAGAGCCUCGAGCUUUAUUAUCCACAGCUGUAUAAGAAAAUAACUGGGAAGGAGCCAAGCAGGGUUUUCUCUCUGAUUAUAGACACAGCUGGGGAAUCUGGCCUGAGCCAGCUCCUGAUGAAUGAGAUUACAAAGCUGCAGAGAACGGUGCAGGAGGAGCGGCAGAAGGCCCAGGAGCUCACCGUGUGGCUGCACACCAAAGAGAACAUGAUCAGAGAGAUGUGGGUGAGGGACAGCCUGCUCCGCAAGCACCAAGAGCGGGUGCAGAAGAUGAAGGAGGAGAGGGACAGUCUGAGCAGGGAGCUGCGGAAGUGCAAGGAUGAGAACUACAGCCUGGCAAUGAGCUACGCCAGACAGAGCGAGGAGAAGAGCAGCGCCCUCAUGAAGAACAGGGACCUGCUGCUAGAGAUUGAUAGCUUGAGGCAUAGCCUCAUGAAGGCUGAGGACGACUGCAAACUGGAGCGUAAGCACUCGAUGAAACUGAAGCAUGCCAUAGAGCAACGUCCGAGCCAUGAAGUGAUGUGGGAGAUCCAGCAGGAGAAGGAGUUGCUUUUGGCCAAGAAUCAGGAGCUGGAGAACACUCUCCAGCAGGUUGCCAGGGAGCAGAACUUGGAGAAGAGUCUCUCUUGUGAGACUGUGCAGAAAGAUACAGCCAGCCAGAUACCGGAGCGCCGGGACCUGCUGAACACCAUUUACCACCUUCGCAAGGAGCUGCGCCAAGCCGAGGUGCUCCGAGACAAAUGUGCAGAGGAAAAAGAGAUACUUGAACUACAGUGCACGUCUCUGAGGAAGGACUCCCAGAUGUAUAAAAGACGGAUGGAAGCUGUCUUACAGCAGAUGGAGGAAGUGGCCUCAGAAAGAGACCAGGCACUGCUGACCAGGGAACAGUUCUACACACAGUACUCCAAGAACCUGAUGGAGAGGGACGCCUAUCGGAAGCAGAUUCGGGAGCUGGGGGAGCGAUGCGAUGAGCUGCAGCUGCAGCUCUUCCAAAAGGAGAGUCAGCUACUGGCUACUGAAGCCAAGCUGAAAAGGCUGCAACUGGAGCUACCUGCACUGACUUCUGACCUGGAUGACACCUCCUCCAGAGAUUCCCAGGAUCUCACUCUUCAUGGUCGUCUAGAUGAAGAUACGCACCUGCCUAAAAAAGACUGCUGUGAAGAACAAAACCAGCAAUUCAGCAUCCGAGAAAGCAAUCUGCCUGCAGAAUCACCCUCUUUCGAGGAGUGCAGCUCAGCCCACGAGGAGCUGUCGGAGAAGGAGCGGAGGAGGAUGAAGGACUGCUUUGAGCGGUACCGCAGGAAGCGUGCCCUGCGCAGGGUGCCUGGCAGCCGCCCCGAGGCCGACUGGGAGCCCAGCACAGGCAGCGACAACACGGACACUGAGGGCAGCUAGGGGCCGGCCGAGGCUCCGGUUUGCAUCUGGACAGCAUUUCGGAUCCCUCAAUAAACAGCACAGUGUUUGGUGAUUAA